GGUGCCAUGCUACUUAUUAUUGGAAUAUCUUAAAAUGGUCUCAUAUAAAGAACAAAACUAAGCAUCAUCUCACAAGUGUCUCAUAUUCUCAUUUCUGUUUGUCACGCAACUAUAAAACCAACUUAGGCAGCUCAAAGUAGAUCCAUCCCACCACCUCAAAACUAGAGAAAGAUAUAUCCAUGGAGGCACAAUUGAUCGCUCUUAUUACGACGACCUCCUUCGUGGGUGUCGCCAUAAUAUUGCUCAUUCGUCUUUACAACGCGCUAGUAAAAGAACCAGAACGACUCCGAGGACUAUUGAGGAAACAAGGGAUUAGUGGACCUCCGCCCACGUUUUUACUUGGGAACAUACUUGAAAUCAAGAAGGCUCGGUCAAAUGCUUCUGCCAAACCUCGUGACUCCGUCGUUUCUGGCCACAAUUGUGCCACCACUCUUCUUCCUUUCUUCGAGAAUUGGAGGAAACAAUAUGGUAAUAUGUUCAUGUUUUCCCUUGGCAACACACAAAUAUUAUACAUAAACCAACCUGAGGUUGUGAAGGAUAUAACCACUUGCAUAUCCUUGGAUCUUGGCAAACCUUCUUACCAACAAAGAGAACGCGGUUCGUUGCUCGGUAGAGGGAUUCUCACCUCGAAUGGCGCCGUAUGGGCUCAUCAAAGAAAGAUCCUCGGACCCGAGUUAGCAGUUGACAAGGUUAAGGGAAUGAUUGACUUGAUCGCCAAGUCAUCGAUUGCAAUGGUGGAUAAGUGGAUGGACUUAGUUGAUGGAGGGGUGGCGGAUAUAAACAUAGACGAACAUAUGAGGAAUUUCUCGGGGGAUGUGAUUUCAAGGGCGUGUUUCGGUAGCAAUUAUGUUCAAGGUGAAGAAAUUUUCUUGAAGCUUAGAGCUUUACAAGAGAUAGCUUCUAAGAAGACCUUCUCAACUGGGAUUCCCGGCAUGAGACACUUGCCUACAAAAAGCAACAGGGAGACAUGGACAUUAGAAAGAGAGGUAAAAGAACUGGUGCUUAAAGUAGUGAAAGAAAGAAAAAAAGUUGGCCAUGAAAAUGACCUUCUUCAAAUGGUUCUUGAAGGUGCCCGUAACACUCACCUGAGCCAGGAAGCUACCGAUCAAUUCAUCGUCGAUAACUGCAAAAACAUAUACCUUGCAGGCUACGAAACCACCGCAGUCGCCGCCUCUUGGUGUUUCAUGCUUUUGGCAUCCAAUCCAGAUUGGCAAGACCGCAUUCGCAAAGAAGUUCUUCAACUUGUCCCUACCGGUGAGACUCCCGAUUCCAAUAUGCUCCGAAAGAUGAAACAGGUAUCUAUGGUGAUAAAUGAAACAUUGCGUUUGUAUCCACCUGUGCCUGUGAUAUCAAGGGAGGCUCUUAAAGAUAUGAAAUUUGGAAACUUAAAUGUUCCAAAAGGUGUUAACGUUUGGACCAUAACCUUAACAACUCACACAGAUCCUACAAUAUGGGGACCAAAUUCAUAUGAGUUUAAUCCAGAAAGAUUCUCAAAUGGGAUCAUGGGAGCUUGCAAAUUGCCUUACAUGUACAUGCCAUUUGGGGUCGGUCCAAGAGUCUGCCUUGGCCAAAACCUAGCCAUGACUGAGCUUAAAAUUCUGAUUGCAACUAUUGUCUCUAAAUUUUCCUUUACUUUAUCUCCUACUUAUGUUCAUUCACCUUCGGUCAGCUUGGUUGUGGAGCCUAAACAUGGAGUUAGUCUCAUGGUGAAGAAACUCUAGUCCUCCUCCUCUUCUUUAUGUUUAUGUCUAUUUGCUAUUUUGUACUUACCAAAUGCUUGGUGUUUGUUUGUUAUAUAUAGUUUAUUUGACUUGUUU